AUGCAGGAUCGUUCCAACGCAGCUGCCCUCCCAUCUACGAUCACGGCGCCGCCCUCUCAUCUGCACACAACGCAGCACGGCUGCCCCAUGCAGGAUCUUUCCAAAGCAGCCGCCCUCUCAUCUACGAUCGAUAGGGCCGCCAUCUCAUCUGCACACAACACAGCCGGUGUUCACUCCUUCAGAAUGGCAGAAUCGCAAGAAGAACGUGCUGCAAUGGAGGGUCCUCAUUUAUGCACAUCACCUAGCCGAAAUUCAUUAAUGGAGGUUGAUAUAGUUGAACCGUUAGUUUGUGUUGCCUCUGAAGUUUCUGAAAAUUUAUCAAACGAACAAGAAAACUUAGCCGCCAAUGUCGCAGAGCAUGGUCACAAGUUAAACAAGUUGUCGGAUGUUAUGGAUGUUGGAAGUGAAGAGAUGGAGCCUGGUGAUGAGUUACCAGAUCAUGGUAACCUACAAGAAGAUGAGAUACCAAGAGUUGGAAUGCGAUUUCCUCAGCUACAGAUGGCGCAUGACUUUUAUGUGUCCUAUGCAAAGAAAGCUGGAUUUGCAACUAAGAUAAGGACGACAACAUUUGACAAGAUCACAAAGGCUCCCAUUAACCAGGCUAUACACUGUAAUCGCGAUGGGAUCCGCGAGUCUCGUGUUAAAGCACCAACACGGAAGAAUACGAUUUCAGCUGCUGGGUGCAAGGCAAGGAUAUAUCUAAAGUUUGAUAAAGACGUGCAAGACUGGGUUCUGCUCAAGGCUGACUUGACGCACUCUCACCCUUGUUCACCGAAGAAGGCAGUGCACUAUCAUGAGUAUAGGCAGUUGACCAUGCAUGCGAAGUGCGUGAUCGAGGAUAAUGAUGAGGCUGGGAUUCGACCAAACAAGACAUUCCUUGCUUUGUCAAAUGAGGCUGGUGGCCCCUCUAACUUGGGAUUCUCAGAGAAGGAUUUAAGAAAUUAUAUAACAGCAAGGCUCCGAAGUAGCAACGUUAAUGCGGAUGUCAGGGAGAUGAUGAGCUACUUUAGGAGAAUGAAGGACAUCAAUCCGAACUUCUUUUACGCGGUGAAGUUGGACGAUGAGUGUAAAUUUAAGAGUGCAGUAUGGGUUGAUGCAAGGUGUAGGGCGUCGUAUGAAUACUAUGGAGACGUCGUGUCAGUUGAUAGCACGUACAAUAGAAAUAGGCAUGGAUUACCGUUUGUGUCGUUCGUUGGGGUCAACCACCAUGAUCUGUAUGAUGACCGACGCAUGUGGGUCCCAAUAUACUUCAAGGGUGAAUUUUGGACAGGAAUGCGGAGUACGCAAAGGAGUGAGAGCAUGCACGCAUUCUACGGUGGAUACUUACACAGUAAAACUAGCUUGGUCCAAUUUGUUCAUGAAUAUGACAAUGUGCUUGGAGUCAAGGAGCAGAGGGAACUGGAGGAUGAUGCUGCAGACUCGAGGGGGGUUAUCCCUUGUGCAACUACCUCGCCUAUAGAGAAACAGUUUCAGCAAGAGUAUACCACGAGCAUUUUUAGGGAUGUUCAAAUUGAGUUUGUGAGGAAGGCUAACUGCAGAGUUUCUACAGUUGAUGAACAGGGUCCAGUGGUCUGCGUGAAGGUGGAAGAGGAGAAACUACUCAACGAUACUAUUCUAUGCGUUCCGUAUGAUGUUCACUUUGACCGUUCCACACAUGAGCUUCGUUGUGAAUGCAAUCUUUUUGAGAGUUCAGGUGUGUUAUGCUGUCACUGCCUUGAAGUUUUACAUUCGUAUAAAGUGUACAAAGUACCGUCCUGUUAUAUUCUGCCUCGAUGGAGCAAGAAGAUAAAGCGCAAGCAUACGUAUGUCAAAAGUAGCCAUGAUGUCAGUCGGUCAGAUGAGAGUCAUGUUGCAUUUAGGAAACUGUGUGCACACUUCUAUAAUGUUGCUCAAGAGUUCCUCGGUGAUGAUGAAGAAACAGCAUUGCUGCAUCUUGCUUUGGAAGAAACAAGGGCCAAGUUGGCUACGCACCGUGCCAAAAAGAGGUCCGAGAGCAUGGCAGAGACUCAGACCAACAUUGGCUCUCAGAGUUCGAAUGAUGUCGGUGUUGAUGACAUCCAAGGCCCAUCGAAGGUCACCACAAAAGGCAGGCCAAAGAGUAAGAGGCUUGGCUCUGCCCUUGAGAAGUCCAUCAAGAAUUCAAGACGGAGAAAACAAAAGAAUUCACAUCCGGUGGUUCGUCCGCACACAUUUCAAGAUAUAAACCAUUGUGAUGUUUCUAGCCUGGAUGUUCCCAAACAAGACGGUGGUUUCAUGUCUUUGUUAAGCUCCUUCAACCAAAAAUGGGAUUAG